GCCCCGUACCGUCUGGGCGGCGCGCUGCAUCUUGGGCUUCGCCGCGUGCUUAGUGGGCGCUGUCAUGAACCCCGAGAGCUUUGCAGCGGGGGAGCGGCUGGUGUCGCCGGCUUACGUGAGGCAGGGCUGCGAGGCUCGGCGCUCUCACGAGCAAGCCAUCCGGCUGCUUCUAGAGCAGGGCAAGUGUCCAGAGGAUGGCUGGGAUGAAAGUACACUCGAGCUCUUCCUGCAUGAACUCGCAGUCAUGGAUAGCAAUAAUUUCUUGGGUAAUUGUGGUGUGGGAGAAAGGGAAGGGAGAGUGGCCUCUGCUUUGGUUGCCCGUCGGCAUUACAGGUUGAUCCAUGGGAUUGGACGAUCUGGUGAUAUUUCUGCUGUGCAACCAAAAGCUGCAGGCUCCAGCCUCUUGAACAAAAUUACCAAUUCUUUGGUACUUAAUGUCAUAAAGCUGGCUGGUGUUCAUUCAGUGUCCAGUUGCUUUGUAGUUCCUAUGGCAACUGGUAUGAGUCUAACCUUGUGUUUCCUAACAUUACGACACAAAAGACCAAAGGCCAAGUAUAUCAUAUGGCCGCGGAUAGACCAGAAGUCCUGCUUUAAGUCCAUGGUCACUGCAGGUUUUGAACCUGUGGUGAUAGAAAAUGUGUUGGAAGGUGACGAGCUGCGCACAGACCUGAAUGCGGUGGAGGCUAAAGUCCAGGAGCUCGGGCCUGACCAUAUUCUGUGCAUUCAUUCUACCACGUCCUGUUUUGCUCCACGGGUGCCCGACAGAUUAGAAGAACUGGCUGUGAUUUGUGCUAAUUAUGACAUUCCGCAUGUAGUCAACAACGCUUACGGAUUACAGUCUUCAAAGUGCAUGCAUCUCAUUCAGCAGGGGGCACGGGUUGGUAGAAUCGACGUUUUUGUUCAGAGCUUGGACAAAAAUUUUAUGGUUCCAGUAGGUGGUGCUAUAAUUGCUGGCUUUAAUGAUCCCUUCAUUCAGGAAAUCAGCAAGAUGUAUCCAGGGAGAGCUUCCGCUUCGCCGUCCUUAGACGUCCUUAUUACCUUGUUGUCACUAGGCUGCGCCGGCUACAAGAAACUGUUAAAGGAAAGAAAGGAAAUGUUUGUCUAUUUAUCCACCCAACUAAAGAAGUUGGCAGAGGCCCACAAUGAAAGACUGCUGGAGACACCCCACAACCCCAUAUCCCUAGCUAUGACACUUAAGACACUCGAUGGACACCAUGACAAAGCUGUCACUCAGCUUGGCUCAAUGCUUUUUACCAGACAGGUGUCUGGAGCUAGGGCUGUGCCUCCUGGGUCUGUGCAGACUGUGAGUGGCCACACUUUCCGCGGCUUCAUGACCCACACAGAUAAUUACCCCUGUGCUUACCUCAAUGCCGCAGCAGCCAUCGGGAUAAGGAUGCAGGAUGUGGACUCGUUCAUUAAGAGGCUUGACAAGUGCUUAAACGCAGCGAGAAAAGAGAAAAAUAAGGCAAGGGCUGCGGCUGCAGUUGACGAGGACAACAGAGCUGCGGAUGUGGACAUUGAGGAAAUGGCUUUAAAACUAGAUAACGUGCUUGGCGACGUGGACCAACACCCUUCUCUAUGA